AUUUCUCUCUCUCUCUCUCUCUCUCUCUGUUCUGACACAUAUUCAUAUGGGAUGAUGAGAAAGAACAAACACCUUCUUCGCUUGCUCGUGGACUCCAUUUUAAGUAGCGACAGUACAGUAACUACAAACUCAAAGGUCAGUCUCUGUAGGCAAUGGCAAUGGAAACAGUAAUAGCAAAUUAACAAAAGAGGUAUCCAUCUCUAAUCUUUCUGCUCGACUAUGAGAAAUGUUAAACCGACGGUACUCGGUGCCUCUCUCUCCAACUUUCCUCUUCUCUCUCUCUCUCUCUGCUGCAGGCCUACAGCUCCAUAACCAGACGACAGAAUCCGCGCUGGCAAGAUUCCCCUCUGUCCUUCCCAUUCUGUUUCUCUCUUCUCUGUCUUCCUUAUCUCUCCUAUCGCUCACAAAACCCUAACUUUAUAGAAUACUUCGCAAAGUCACAAACCCUAUGCUUUCUGUCUCUCCAUCUUUAAUCUGGUGCCGAAUUUUUUCUCCUGAGGGCUAGUUGAGUGAGAGAGGGAGGGAAGGGAGGAACUAGGGAGAGUGUUAUAUAUAGAUUCAUCCUCUCUCUUCUUAAGCCCACUUGUUUUUUUUUUUUAUUUAAUUAAUUUUAUUUAUAAUUGGUGGGGUUGUAAAUUGUGAUAUCUCCGUUACCUCCCCGGGCCGGGACAUGGGCUGCGCGAGCUCAAAGGUGGACGACCUCCCGGCCGUCGUUCUCUGCCGUGAGCGCUGCCACUUCCUGGAAGAGGCAAUCCGGCAGCGUUACGCUUUCUCUGAUGCUCAUCUUGCCUAUAUCCACUCUCUCAAGGGGAUUGGAGUCUCCUUGCACCGCGUCUUCGAUCAAGAUCUCGACAAUUCUACUUUUUCUCCAUCUUCUCCUGUUCUUCCACUCCCUGCUCAAAGGAAGGGUGAUCCCGUCGCCGCCGUUCAAGCACAGCCUUCCACCGCCGCUGUGGCUGCUGCUGCUCCUACUCCCGCUCUGGCUCGUGAUUCCAACUCUAAUUCAGGCUCACAUAUUCACUUUCAUUCCGAAUCGGACGACGAUGAUGAUUCCGGAUCUCUUCAUCACCAUUCCGGACAUUCUUCUCCUUUGCAUCAAGAUUAUCAUCCCACUCACGAGGUCCAUCCCGAUUAUCAACUGGAUCAGGGAAUCAUGGGUUCUCCGUUCCCUGGUGGGUUCAUGAACAUGAAUUAUAUGAGGAAUCGACCCACGCCUUCGGUCUCUUACGAGCAGAGGCCUAUGAGUCCCGACAUCGUACGUAUGGACGGAUCUUCUUCCUCUUACUAUCCUUACCCCUAUCCUAACCGUAACCCUGCCCCUCCUCCCUACGGCUCUUACUCUAACUAUGACGGUUUCUUCGGUUCGUCGUCCGUCCCCUACGGUAGUGGUUCUUCUCCUUCGCCGCCUAUGGCUGCACUGUCGUCGUCCGCAUCGUCUUCCAAACCUCCUCCGCCUCCGCCUUCGCCGCCGAGGAACUCCCCUUGGGAUUUCUUGAACCCUUUUGAAACUGUUGAGAGGUACUACCCUCCGUACACUCCCAGCCGCGACUCCAAGGAAUUGAGAGAGGAAGAAGGGAUUCCUGAUUUGGAGGAAGAGGAUUUCCAGGAAGUUGUCAAAGAAGUCCAUGGCGACCAUAAGUUCGUUGAUGGCGGUGCCAAGAAGGUCACCGAUGACGAUGACGAGGAUGAAAGCGGAAAUGAUGAUGGGGAGGCCUCACAUUACCAAACGAGGCCCAGUGUCUCAUCAGUGGAGAAGGGGGUGGAGUAUGAUGUUCAUUUGGUCGACAAGAAUGUAGUCGUUAACGAAGAGCGCCCUGAGGAUCAGAGCAAUGUGGCUACAUAUAAGGCCCGUGUUCGCUUGCGUGGUGCAUCAGAGGUUGUGGCGGAAAUCAAGAUUCAGUUUGAGAAAGCUGCAGAGUCCGGCACUGAGCUUUCCAGUAUGCUCGAGGCUGGAAAGCUUCCUUAUCACAAGAAAAAUGCAGUUUAUCAAGUUUCCUCCAAGAUGUUGCAUGUGAUUACGCCUUCUCUAUCGGGAGCAGCAUCUUCACAGCCUUCCACUUCUAAGAGCUCUGAGCCAUCAUCCUCUGGUUCUGCUUACUUGGAAUUUGGUGAGGACACGGGGACGAGGUCAACAAGUCUGUCUUCUACUUUGCAAAAGCUUUACAUUUGGGAAAAGAAACUCUAUGAUGAAGUUAAGGCUGAGGAAAAAAUGCGGGUAUUACAUGAUAGGAAGCGCCAGCGACUCAAGAGAUUGGAUGAGAAGGGUGCUGAGGCUCACAAAGUUGACUCCACACAAACACUAGUCAGGACUUUAUCUACCAAAAUAAGAAUUGCAAUUCAGGUUGUUGAUAAGAUAUCAGUCACGAUAAAUAAGUUGAGGGAUGAAGAGUUGUGGCCUCAGAUUAAUGAAUUAAUUCAUGGGUUAGUUAGAAUGUGGAAACUUAUGCUUGAAUGCCAUCGGAUUCAGUGCCAAGCUAUAACAGAAGCAAAAAAUUUAGAUGCCAUUGUAUCUAGUAGAAAGUUUGGCAUUGCUCAUCUUGAAGCUGCGAUGCAGCUUGAACAUGAAGUUCUUAAUUGGAUUUCUAGUUUCUGUAACUGGAUUGGUGCCCAGAAGGGCUAUAUCACAGCCUUGAACUGCUGGCUUCUGAAAUGUAUUUUUUAUGAACCAGAAGAAACACCUGAUGGAAUAGUUCCCUUUUCUCCAGGUAGGAUAGGUGCACCUCCUGUUUUUGUGAUUUGUAACCAAUGGUCACAAGCCAUGGAGAGAAUUUCAGAGAAGGAGGUAGUUGAUGCCAUGCUGGCUUUUGCACUGGGCUUGAGGCAUAAUAUAGAUCUGUGCCGGAAGAUGAUGACAACUGGAGAUAUGGAGAGUAAGGUUAAGUCCUUGGAGAGGGAAGAGCAGAAGAUGCAGAAGGAGAUGCAGGCUCUAGAUAAGAAAAUAGUUAUGGUUUCCAGGCAGGGCACUGUUGUCCUUGCGCCUGAGCAUAUUGUGCGUCAGAGUAACAUGAGCAAUAUUAGUAGUUUGCAGUCUGGUCUGAAACAGAUCUUUGAUGCCAUGGAGAAGUUCACUGCCAAUUCUGUGCGAGCCUAUGAGGAUCUUCGUGUACGUAUUGAAGAAUGCAGGAUUGCACGAGAAAAUGCUAAAGUUCCAUAGGCAUUACUUGGGAGAGGAUUAUUGCCAUCCCUCUGCAAUGGUAUCUGAUUUCCUGGAUUCCUUGAUUAAUUCUUCCUGAAGAAUGUCAAAAGGGUUUCUGAGAUGGCUGGAGCAGGCUUCUGAUGUUCGUUGAUUGUUGGGAGUCUUUUCACAUGCGGUUGAUUUCAAACUUUAUCCUUGAUCAGUUCAAGUAAAUCUGAGGCAGUGGUUGACUUGUGUUCAUGAUAAAGAGAGUAAGGGUGGGGUUGCUGAACUUCAAAGAUUCUUCAUGAAUUUUUGAGGAUGAAACGUGAAUCCAUUUAGGGUUGAAAAAUUCACAGGAAAAGUCAUGUUCCAUUCCAUCACUGAUUAAGCAAUGGAAUGUGUCAUGCCUGCUUGUGGUGGCCCCCAACAUGAUCUUACUGUGGUGAAGGUUAUGGAAAGUGGAGUGAAAUGAUAUUUUGAAUCUCUACAAAGUUAUAUGUUGGAUACCGUGGAAUUUUUGAGUUGCCAGUGUUUCACCAAGCACACCUGCCUGUUUUGACACAGAUGCAACUAUUUGCUGUUAAGGCUGCUACAUGACUCAAGUAACUGGAAGAGAGUAAGUUGGGAGGAUUCCAGUUGAUUGGUUAAUUGUUGAAACCUUGGUAUUGUGGAUCUCUUGUCUUAAUCAGGGAUUGAGUGCAGGAUGACACUAAUUUGACUUGCCCAUUAGAAGAUAUCAGUGGGUUGCAUUCCAAUUCUUGGAGAAAUGGCAAAAAACUUGCAGCCUAAUCAAGGACUUUCCUUAAUUCAUGGCUGUAGUUGCCAAUGAUGAGACGGGGAUUUUGCAGUGACAGAAGUGGAAGGACACUUACACUAAUGGCAAGCAUUGAAGUUGACAGAAUGGAGCUAAAACUUCCUAUGUCAUUGCCAUUCCGAUCAAUGUAUAGUGUGUUCCCGCAAGUAGUGGGGCUUGGCUAAAAUGAGCUUGGUUCAUGCUUCGGGGCAGUUUGUCUGACGCAAGUCAAUGGGGAUAUGCCCUGAUGGCAAUUCUUGUAUUAUAACAGACAUCUUGGCUUUUGAAUUCACAUAAUUUAUAUUUGUACAGUGAAUAUUAUUGGAAGUUAAGCAUGUUUAUAUCCAUUGGCUACAAGAAUGUGAUGAUGAACAGAAUUGAAUUACUUGGAAAGAGAAGAUCUUAGUAAUGAAAUUGGCAAGAUGGAUGGUCUCA